AUAGUGGUGGUGAAGGUGGCAGCAGAGACGGUGACGGUGAUGUUAGUAGUGUUCUAUAUACCUCCAACAACAAUGGAGGAGUCAGUUUCAUGCUGUCCUUUUUCUAUCAAUUACUCGCUUAACUUACUUGCUACACUGUUAAUGCUACACUUUAUCGCUGGCUGGUGCUAUAGCCUUUAUCGACUCCUGCUGCUUUAGUAUCGUACAUAUUGCAGAAUCACUGAAAAAGGCACAUUCUACCCAGCCAGCCCUUUACCAAAGGGCUGGCUGGCACUAGAAGCUUUCUUUGGGCCCAUGGUGGAUUAUUUAGCAGUUACAAGCACUAAAAAGAAUGGAAUACAAAAUGUAUUGUAUGAAUGCGUGCGAUCGUCCUCACUAACUGGUAACCAAUGGCAAACUGGCUGUACAUGGAGUGUCAGAGCCGCUCAGGCCGUGUGGACACGUUCCGGACAAAUGACUUAUACUGAGUUCAGUGAUGUUCACCGAGCCAAUGUUAUGAAGAAGAAAGGUUACUUACUCCGAAUAUUACUUAUUCUGAUGACAACUUAAUCCGGGGGUCCACUGUAUACCAAAGUUAUAUUCUACAUUCUCAUUCAGGGUACUCUUCUUGGCUAACAUAUCAACUUUACCAUGAAGGAGUAAUCCAGUGUGUGAUGGGAUCCAUAGCAAUUGCACAUUGAUACCUUUGUCCCAGAUUUUUGAGUACAUAUCUAUACCUGGCUUCUCCAGUGAGCAUGUUGUUGGAGUCAUUAUAUGAGCCAAGAGCCUUCGUUGAUGACAUAGAAUCAGUAAUGAUGAAUCGAGCUCAGUGUCCUAAGUUAGCUUUAGCGUCAUUAGGAUUGCAAACAAUUCAGUUUGCAGUGUAGACAUCCAGUUGUUAAUUCUUAUGCCUAGUUCAACAAAUUUAUUAUCAUUCUUAACUAGGGAGGUGGCAACAAGAGCAGAUGCAGCCCUGCCAGAAGACUCCUGUUUAGAUCCAUCAGUGUAUCUAACUUGUGAAAAUUUAUUACUUCCAGCUAGGCUAGAAAUUUCUCCUUGAGCAGUUGCUUUAACAAGUGAUUUAAGGAAGGGAUUACUUGCAAUGAGCUUCUUGGGAGGGGCUUGCAGUGCAUAGAGCUACAUCAGACAGUAACCCAGGAAGAUGGGGUUGCUCCAGAGGCAGGAGCCGGGGAAUGUACCAAGGUUCCAGGAAUCCUCAGCAAAAAGGUUCGAACAUCCAAGAAUAUGGUAACAGCAGGCAGGGACAGAAUAAUGAUGAGCUGCACAGACGUCACUGGCAAGGUUCAAGAGAAGUUUCGCAACAUCAAAUGGAAUAUGAAGAUCCUCUAUCCUAUAACUCAUGCAAAACCAUCCAAGUCACUCCUCAGACCCUGGUGGAAUGUUUAGCUAAUUUCCGCACUUUCUCUGCCAGCUUAAUAAAACUUAUGGAAGAUAGGCACCUUCAGCCAUCUAGUGUGCGAGAAAUUGUUUCAGCAUGGCCAAAAAUAUUUAAUUUGAAUGGUGAGAUUGCAGAGCUGAAGCCUCAAGUUAAGAUCUGUACAGCACAUUGUGGAACACAGGGAUGCCAGAAGCAUUCAUCUUGUGAUGAUUUGCAUAUUUGCUCAAGCUAUGUUUUAAAUUGGUGUUAUGAAAAGAAUUGUGUACUAGGUCACAAAUGGAUGACAGAUCAUAACACUUCUGUUUUGCAAUCAUUCUUUCUAGAUCGCCUUCCUUUCCGAACUCUCCACCGUUUAAUUCAAUCAAUGACCAACACGGGUGACAUUGGUCAGUUAGAAAUUUGCCACAGAUAUAAUGAAGGAGGCUGUAAUCAGUCUAACUGUGGGGCUCUCCAUAUGUGUUUGAGCUUUGUGGUGGGACUCACAAGGUGUUCUUAUAGAGAUUGCCAACUGAACCAUAAUCUACUGAAUCAUGACUGCUACCAACUGCUGAAAACUUAUGGUCUUCCUACUAAUGAGUCUCCUCGGGACAUUUUGGUGGCUCUUAUUACUCAUAACCCUAACCUUAGUCAAAGUCAGAUGCCAGAGAAGUUUACAAAGAAAGUCCCUACAAAGACUAAAAAAUACACAGGAAAAAGUCAGAAGAAAUCCAGAAAAAAUGCAAUUGAUGCAUCUAAAAGAGAAGUUCACAGAAGAAAGAAAAGUUCUUGCAGUGAGAGUGAGUCUUCAUCCAAAACUGAAGAUGAAAGUGAUUCUGAUAAUGAUAGUAAGAGUAACACUAUAUUAUCUAAUGAUAAUGAUUUAGAAAAAUCUGGAAACAAAAGAAAGUCACAAAAAUCUAAUACAGACACUCCAAGCCAGAAAGUAUCUGAAUCAUCUAGACAAGCUAAUCCAGCUGAUCUUGCUGAAAUUCCUUUGAAGCAGGAAAACCCUAGGACAUUGUGGUCACAUUACCUUCAGGGUGACGUUUCAGUACCAGAAAUUUGUUACUACUCGGUAGAAGAGAUGUGCAAGUACGAGGAAAGUGGAUGCCAACGCCUUCACUCAACACAGCACUUCCACUGGCAGGUUAAUGACCAAGGAAAUCGGUGGCUGAACCUGCGUCAAGACCAGGUGACUUGCCUAGAACAGUCCUAUUGCAACCCUUCACAUGAUGGUAUUGACCUUGUUCGCCUUGAUCCAGCCACCCUUAACAUCUCCGUUAGAGGUCUACUAAUCUUGAUGGGCCGUGAUGUAUGGCAUGCAGACUUCAAAGCAAUGAAUUUGACCAAUUCUUCAAAAACCAGGACUUUACCCAUCCGUAGGCUGUGUACAGAAGCAGUCUCUGGGCAUGUAAUAAAACCUGCAAAUUUUAUCUGGUAUUUUUUAGAUGCAAAUAAUAAAUGGGUUAAGUAUGGCAAUGUUGACACCGAAGGAAAAAAGCAUUUAAUUAGUAGCUUAACAACAGAUGACAUUGAGAAGCAUUUUAAGCAGAAUACUACAGGCAAUCUUCCCUUCAGGAAUUCAAAGUUCAUCUACUGUCUUGAUUUUAACACCAUGACACAAACCAAUCUGAACACUAAUGUCAGACGAGCAGUAAGACGAAGACCUGAACCCCACCUUCCAGUUGAAAAGGCUGAAAAGGGUGAGGGCCGAAAGACUUUGGUUGAUCUGCCCUCAUACUGGGAAGUGAUGCAGCCAGAGGAACGUGUGCGUUUAGUUACCCUGGCUCCUUCGUCUUCUGAGUACCUUGCUGUGGUAGGUCUUCUGGCAAGGAAAGUGCAGAGCUCCAGUGUAAUGAAAGUGCAACGAAUUCAGAAUCCAUUCCUCUGGCAAGCAUUACAGAACAAAAUCAAAGAACUGAUAGCAGUUUAUGGGGUUGAAUCAAAAGUCAACAUCCGACAACUUUUUCAUGGUACUGGACAUAAAGUUGUGCCUAGCAUCUGUGCUGAGAAUUUUGACUGGCGACUUCAUGGGUCCAGCUCCGGUCAAUCAUUUGGGCAGGGUACUUACUUUUCUUCAGAUGCAGCUUACUCAUACCGCUACUGUCGUCCAGAUGAUUCAGGUAUGAAAUACAUGUUCAUUGCACGCACUGCAGUGGGAUCAAUUGUCUGUGGAAACUCGUCUAUGGUGCGACCACCUACCAACCCAGCCACUAAUCGUCCCUUUGAUUCCACAGUUAAUAAUGUUGUUAAUCCAACAAUUAUUGUAAAGUAUGACAAACAGGAGUACUAUCCUGAAUACAUUUUAACACUGACUUGAAAUUAGAAAAGCUAUGAUUCUCUUGUAAUUAUGGUUCUAGUGCUUUAUUUGAAUAUAAUACAGUACUAAUUAAUAAAUGUAGUCAUAGUGUGUGUUGCUCUUGUAUUUUAAUCACUUUACUGGGGUUCAGUAGAUUUGAUUAUAUGUGAAUUCAUCUUGAUGUGAUGACCCAUUUCUACCAGGAAUUCAUCAUAUCCAAUAUAAAUUUAAACUAUGCAAACAUUGUAGUUUACAACGUGCAGUGAAGAUUUCUAUGAUGUUACUGGUCUACAGUAAUAUCAUUUGGAAAUAAAAGUAGUCAUUCUUUACUAAUUUUGGGUCACUGAAUACUGAAAUGAUGCUUAAAGUUGCAAGUUGGCUCUAUGAAGAUAUGGACUCAGGCAAGUUGCUGUGAUCCUUGAUUUGGGAAGGAAGGAGUGUAAAGGAGAAAGGCUCUUGAUUCAAACCCACAUUGCAUAAUUGUUUAAAAAUAUGUAUACAUACAAUUUUGUAUACUUUUCAUCAGUAGAAAGAGAUGCUCCCUAUACAGGCAAAGACGAAGAAUCAUAGAGCUGCUGAGAGGGGCCAGUAUAUCUGAAAUACGAAGGAAGGCACUGGACAGAGAAAGGGCAAAUAUCAAACUUAAGCUUAAGGAAUCUUACAAGAGACAAGAAUCUCAGGAAGAACUCAAAGCCAUAAAUGAAACUGAAAGAAACCCAAUAUACUUCUUCUCUUAUACCAAAUCUAAGACAAAAACAACAUCCAGUAUUGGACCACUGCUUAGAUGAGAUAGGACCUACACAGAUGACAGCAAAGAAAUGAGUGAGAUACUUCAAGUCCCAGUACGGCUCAGUGAGCCAUUAACCGGACUCAAAAUUUGGCAAUUUCAAAAUGAUGUAAAGAGAGUAGUAAGGGAGUAAAUGUUAGUAUACGAGAAGUUUUUACAAAGUAGAAGUGAUGCAAGGAGGGAAGAGUAUAUGGAGAAAAAGAGAGAGGUUAAGAGAGUGGUGAAGCAAUGUAAAAAGAGAGCAAAUGAGAGAGUGGGUGAGAUGUUAUCAACAAAUUUUGUUGAAAAUAAGAAAAAGUUUUGGAGUGAGAUUAACAAGUUAAGGAAGCCUAGAGAACAAAUGGAUUUGUCAGUUAAAAACAGGAGAAGAGAGUUAUUAAAUGGAGAGUUAGUGGUAUUGGGAAGAUGGAGGGAAUAUUUUGAGGAAUUGUUUAAUGUUGAUGAAGGUAGGGAAGCUGUGAUUUUGUGUAUAGGGCAAGGAGUAAUAACAUCUUGUAGGAGUGAGGAAGAGCCAGUUGUGAGUGUGGGGGAAGUUCGUGAGGCAGUAGGUAAAAUGAAAGGGGGUAAAGCAGCUGGGAUUGAUGGGAUAAAGAUAGAAAUGUUAAAAGCAGGUUGGGAUAUAGUUUUGGAGUGGUUGGUGCUAUUAUUUAAUAAAUGUAUGGAAGAGGGUAAGGUACCUAGGGGUUGGGAGAGAGCAUGCAUAGUUCUUUGCAUAAAGGCAAAGGGGACAAAAGAGAGUGCAGAAAUUAUAGGGGGAUAAGUCUGUUGAGUAUACCUGGUAAAGUGUAUGGUAGAGUUAUUAUUGAGAGAUUUAAGAGUAAGACGGAGAAUAGGAUAGCAGAUGAACAAGGAGGCUUUAGGAAAGGUAGGGGGUGUGUUUACAGUGAAACAUAUAAGUGAACAGUAUUUAGAUAAGGCUAAAGAGGUUUUUGUGGCAUUUAUGGAUUUGGAAAAGGCGUAUGACAGGGUGGAUAGGGAGGCAAUGUGGCAGAUAUUGCAGGUGUAUGGUAUAGGAGGUAGGUUACUGAAAGCAGUGAAGAGUUUUUAUGAGGAUAGUGAGGCUCAAGUUAGAGUAUGUAGGAAAGAGGGAGAUUAUUUCCCAGUAAAAGUAGGCCUUAGACAAGGAUGCGUGAUGUCACCGUGGUUGUUUAAUAUAUUUAUAGAUGGGGUUGUAAGAGAAGUAAAUGCGAGGGUCUUGGCAAGAGGCGUGGAGUUAAAAGAUAAAGAAUCACACAUAAAGUGGGAGUUGUCACAGUUGCUCUUUGCUGAUGACACUGCGCUCUUGGGAGAUUCUGAAGAGAAGUUGCAGAGGUUGGUGGAUGAAUUUGGUAGGGUAUGUAAAAGAAGAAAAUUAAAAGUGAAUACAGGAAAGAGUAGGUUAUGAGGAUAAAAAUAUUAGGUGAUGAAAGAUUGGAUAUCAGAUUGGAGGGAGAGAGUAUGGAGGAGGUGAAUGUAUUCAGAUAUUUGGGAGUGGACGUGUCAGUGGAUGGGUCUAUGAAAGAUGAGGUGAAUCAUAGAAUUGAUGAGGGGAAAAGGGUGAGUGGUGUACUUAGGAGUCUGUGGAGACAAAGAACUUUGUCCUUGGAGGCAAAGAGGGGAAUGUAUGAGAGUAUAGUUUUACCAACGCUCUUAUAUGGGUGUGAAGCAUGAGUGAUGAAUGUUGCAGCGAGGAGAAGGCUGGAGGCAGUGGAGAUGUCAUGUCUGAGGGCAAUGUGUGGUGAGAAUAUAAUGCAGAGAAUUCGUAGUUUGGAAGUUAGGAGGAGGUGCGGGAUUGCCAAAACUGUUGUCUAGAGGGCUGAGGAAGGGUUGUUGAGGUGGUUCGGACAUGUAGAGAGAAUGGAGCGAAACAGAAUGACUUCAAGAGUGUAUCAGUCUGUAGCGGAUGGAAGGCGGGGUAGGGGUCGGCCUAGGAAAGGUUGGAGGGAGGGGGUAAAGGAGGUUUUGUGUGCAAGGGGCUUGGACUUCCAGCGGGCAUGCGUGAGCGUGUUUGAUAGGAGUGAAUGGAGACAAAUGGUUUUUAAUACUUGACAUGCUGUUGGAGUGUGAGCAAAGUAACAUUUAUGAAGGGAUUCAGGGAAACUGGCAGGCCGGACUUGAGUCCUGGAGAUGGGAAGUAAAGUGCCUGCACUCUGAAGGAGGGGUGUUAAUGUUGCAGUUUAAAAACUGUAGUGUAAAACACCCUUCUGGCAAGACAGUGAUGGAGUGAAUGAUGGUUAAAGUUUUUCUUUUUUGGGCCACCCUGCCUUGGUGGGAAUCGGCCAGUGUGUUAAUAAAUAAUAAAAAAAAUCUUUGAUAUUAUCCUAACACCACAAGGCUUCAAAAAGACAAUAAAUGACAUGCUCAUGCACUCUGUCUCAGGCCCGGACUCGUGGAACUCUGUGUUCAUCAAGAACUGCAAGAAGCCCCUGUCAUAUGCCUUCAGCAUUCUAUAGAGAGGGAGUAUGGAUGCAAGAGUCAUCCCUCAGUCACUAAAACAACAGACAGCCCCACUCCACAAAGGUGACAGUAAAACAAUUGCAAAGAACUGCAGACCGAUAGCACUAGCAUCCCGAAACUAGUGCUAAGGGUUCUAAGAAGCAAGAUUGCCAACCACUUAGAUAUCCAUCAGUUACACAACCCAGGGCAACAUGGGUUUAGAGCAGGUUGCUCCUGCCUGUCCCAGCUACUAGACCACUAUGACAAGGUCCUGGAUGCUUUAGAGGAUAAACAAAAUGCAGAUGUAGUAUACAGAGACUUUGCUAAAACCUUAGAUAAAUGCGACCAUAGUAUAAUAGCACAUAAAAUGUGUGACAAAGGAAUAACAGGAAAAGUUGGUAGAUGGAUCUAUAACAUCCUAACAAACAGAACACAAAAAGUAAUAGUAAACAGAGUAAAGUCUGAGGCGGCUGCAGUGAAAAGCCCUCUUCAAGGGAUGCUCCUUGAUGUGGCGAAGAGGCUCUUGGUCUAAGGAAUUAAACUCUUUGGUCUCCUUCUCAGACCAAACUUAAGUACCCCCUAAUCCUCCCUUUCCUAUCCCAUCCCCCUUCUUUCCCUCUUUCCUCCUUCCUCCCAACCCUCCCCUUUCCCCAUCUCGUUUGUAGUCUCUGGGGUCCUCCCCUCUGGCAUUACGGUUUCUAGGUAGGGGGAAGUGUGCUGGAGUUCAUCCCACUCCAUGGGGUACUUCGGGGGUGGCAUAGUUUGCCAUGGAAUUUGAAUUGUCUAGAGGUGCCCUGCUCCCUUCCCGAAUCUCCAAGAAGUGGGUGGGGUGUCCUGCAGAUGACAGGUGUAUCUCCAGAGCCUGCCUGUCAGUUCUGGGAGGUGACAGCCGAAGGAGGUAAGCUUUGUGGCGGGUUUCUGACCGCUCUUUCUUUUGUCCACCAAGGUGGCUCAGUAGAUGUGAGGUUGCUAUCCCAGAGCACUGGUUUACUGGCGUGAAGGGUUCCACACUGCAUCUACACUGCUUGUGGGCUCAAGGCCCUCUCAGAUGAGGGGAAGAACUUACAGCCCUUCCAUGUCUUCUAGUGACUGUCCCUCUUUUUUUUUUCUUUCUUUCUUUCAUUUUUUUCUUUAAAAUAACAAAAAAGAAGCACCACCAUCAUAGUCUUCAGUCUGUGAUAACCCUCUUCCUCCCAGGCUCCUUUCUGUUCUGACCUGGCUUCAUUAUUGGACCAUUCUCUAGACUCUUCUCAUACCCUUGUACCUUCUACUGGUGAUGCUUCAUCGCUUGCUCCAGGUGCUGAGGCACCACCCAUUUCUGUUAAUGCCUCUGCCUCUUGCAUUCCUUUAACAAUAUGUCUAGCUUCCCCGAAUACGGUGCAAUGUUUUUUGCAUCACCUACCUCCCUCAGGUCAGACUGCCAACGGUACUACUCCUAAAUGUUCCAGAGCAACUACUGACGAUAGUUCUUGGAUGUCUACCCAAAAACGACCUACACGACACCCAUUCCCUUUAUGCACCAUGUUUACAAGUACACAGUGGACUAAAUUCUUUUCUCAACAACUGACAUCUCCAACUAAUUAUCUUUCUCACUAUAGUAUUGGUAAGGCUCUUUUACGACACGUUGGCCAAAAUAUAUCUUUUCACGCUCUUUGAAGCAGUACGCUCAUCGUUACAGUUAAGAAUUCAGAACAAGAUCAUUUGUCCCAUAUUACUUAUAGAUAACAUUCUAAUUAAAGUUUAUAAGCAUGCUACUCUCAAUUCUUGCAGGGGUAUGGUGGUUUUACUACAUACCAUUGUACAAAGUGAUAUUCUGUCUUGCAGUGAUAUUUUAGAGCAGUUAGCCCUUCAGGACCUUCCUAUUCUCAAAGUGGAUACAUACAUCCUGCCUGCUCACGGGCGGAGGCGCUUUCCCAGUAACAUUGUCUGCUUAACCUUCGACUGCUAUGAACUCCCAUCCUCCGUUUAUAUUGCAGGCCAUCGCCUUGAAGUCUAUAAAGUCCCUACUCCCCAACAGUGUGGGAAAUGCUGGCGCUUUGGACACCCCGCUAAAUAUUGCAGAUUUGCGGCGGAGUGCCCGAUCUGCAGUGCCGCAGAUCAUGCCUAUACAUCUUGCAAUCUUCCUUCCUCUUGUCUCAAUUGCAAUGAAUCUCAUCCUUCUUUUUCAUGCCGUUGUCAAGUCUCUCUUAAUGAAUGAGAAAUCCGUAAUCUUAAAGAUAGUGACAACCUUACUUACGCUAUGGCUGUCUCUCAGCUUCGCCUUCGGGGAAAUCUUCCUCGUGUUCCUUAUUCUCGAGUAUAUUGACGGUCCUCCCACCUACCAGCUCCUCUGCUACCGUGUCUUUCGGGGUCACCCGUUUCUAAUUCUUUUGCGGUUUUACCCUUUGAAACUUCUCCCUCCGUACUUCCUACUUUUACUUCAUCUCGCUCGCUAGUUUCUCAGUCUGUGAGACCUCAAAAGCCUACACCUUCGUGCCUAUCACCUGUGAAGUUGAAUCUAUCUUUUACCUCGGUGCCUAGUUCUCACCCCCUUUCUAACUCACACACGAAGGUUGAGGGUCACCCCCCUUGUGUAGUCCCUUCUUCUGUUUCCCCUAGUCUUCUUCCCUAGCUACCUUCCAACCUCCUUCCUCUCCUGUUCCGCUGCAGGACUCUUCUGCCCCUACUAACGCAUCUCUCCAGGUUCAUACCCCCCACCCCUCUCAAACCUCUGAUUCCCUCCAUAGUCUCCCCAAUCUCUACCUCACCUGUCUCUGAAAUCGUGGUACAGUGGACCCUCAGGUAACGGCAUUAAUCCGUUCCAGAGAGCUUGCCUUUAACCGACUUUGCCGUUAGCCGAAUUAAUUUUCCCCAUAAGAAAUAAUGGAAAUCCAAUUAAUCCAUUCCAGACACCCAAAAGUAUUAAACAAAAUAAUUUUUUUACAUGAAAUAUGCAUUUCCCUACACAGAAAACAAUGAGACAUGCACAAUAAACAAUACUGAAAUGACACUUACUCUUAUUGUGGACUUAUUGACGAGUGAUGAGACGGGAGGGAGAGGAUGGAGGUGUACUAUUGUUUAGAAGGGGAAUCCCCUUCCAUUAAGACUUCAGGUAACAAGUCCUUUUCUGGGGUUACCUCCCUUCUUUGUGUUUUAAUGCCACUAGGACCAGCUUGAGAGUCACUGGACCCCUGUCGCAAGAAAUAUCUGUCCAGAGAGCUCUGUUUCUGCCUUACCUCUCCUUUCCUUGAAGCAAACCAGAUUUCCAUUCAUUCCCUAAGCAAUAUGUGAUUUUUACAGAUUUAACACUUCCCUAUACAAUAAUAAUAAUAAUAAUAAUAAUUUCCUCAAAAGUACAGAAAGAAUUCCAUGUUUGCCUAGAGUGCCUUUUGUACAUGUACAACCAUAUAUAUAUAGUACUUAUAAAGAUAAUGAUAACCAAGUCAUUUUAAAUAUGUAAUAUUUUUAUCAUGAAAAUGUUUUAUAAGUUUUGCAUGAUUGUUCAUUAAGGCUUUAUUUAUAUUAUAUGCAUUAUUUUUCACAAAUCUAUGUAAUUGUUGGUCUCUGCCAUUUCUGUUUGUCAUUUAUUAUGAGUUUUAAUAGUCAUUUGAUUUUUAAAUGAAUUACUGAAAUAUAUUUCUGAUGCAGAUGUAUUGUGUAAUUAGUAGGUAACUUUAUAAAUAAAAAUAUAAUAAAUGUUUUAAGGCUACUCAUAAUAAUUAAAGUAAUUUUUCACAAUAUUGUAUUGUGUUUCUUUUGGCAAGAUUCUUAUUAAAUUUGGUAUUGGAGUUGCCCAACAGGCACAUGCAUACCUUUAAUUUUACAAAUAAUUGUGAAUGUUACAAAAAAAUAAAAAUUUACUGUUAACCCUUUGAGGGUCGACAGGCCCUCUCCGAAACUCGUUCUCAGGGUCGGCCAAAUUUAAAAAAAAAAAAAAAUUAUUUUCUCUUAUGAAAAGAUAGAGAAUCUUUUCCCGAUCAUAAAGACACCAAAAGUUUGAAAUUUGAUAGAAAACUUACGGAAUUAUGCUCUCGCAAAGUUAGCGGUCUCGGCGAUGUUUACGCAUCGGCGAUUUUGCCCACUUUGAGCCCCAUUUUCGGCCAAUUUCACUGUA